AUGGCGUCGACAAAAAAUGGCGGCUCGGCCCAGUUGGAACUUACAGAAGUUGAAUCUAAGCUUAGGCAACUUCUGUUGGACGUGGCUACUUACAUCGACGAAGCACCCUCAAGUGGAGAUGUCACUGGAGUACAGGUUCCAGAAGAACUAGUGAAGGAGAAGAUUGUGCUGCGUUGGACCGGAGGCUGGGUUCGAGAUAAGCUUCUGAAAGUUGGCAGCCAUGAUAUCGACGUUGCCAUCAACAAGAUGACUGGCGAGCACUUUGGCCUGAAGAUGCAAGAGUAUCUUGAAAUUCCGGGCAACGCUGAAAAGCAUGGUCUUAUUGAGAAAGACGACGGCCUUAGUACACGCGACAAGACGAAGAAGAUUGCUCCAGGCCUGCACAAGAUCGAAGCGAAUCCCGAAAAGUCAAAGAACCUCGAGACUGCGACCACCAAGAUCAUGGGCAUCGAUUUGGACCUUGUUAACCUCAGGAAAGAGACGUACAACGAAGUCUCUCGUAAUCCAGAGAUGGAAUUUGGUACAGCAGAAGAGGACGCCAUGCGGCGCGAUGCUACCGUCAACGCCAUGUUCUACAACCUUCAUACCUGUCAAGUUGAAGACUUUACCGGACGCGGACAUGAAGAUAUGGCUGCCAAGAUCAUCCGCACUCCACUCGAGCCUUAUCAGACCUUCAAGGAUGAUCCACUCCGGGUGCUGCGUCUGAUUCGCUUUGCCAGUCGACUCGACUACACUAUUGAGCCAGAGACAGCAAAGGCCAUGGGCAACGCAGAGAUACAAGAUGUGUUGAAGAUCAAGAUCAGUCGUGAGCGAGUGGGCAUAGAGCUUGAGAAGAUGCUAAGGGGCCCCAGACCACGUAUGGCUCUAGAACUUAUCGAUCGUUUUGGUCUCUACAGGACUGUCUUUACAGAUCCUACCCGCGAGCUACCUUCUGAACCGGAAACAGCCUACUUCAAGCCGGCGUACGAUUUUGUCGAGUCGACUAUCGUGGAGAAUACCGAUGUACCUACUGCCAUCUCAGACACCCUAUUGAGAAACGAGGACGAGAAAUAUUUGGCAUGGGUUUGCGCCACCAUGAUGCCUUGGGUCGAUGCGCCAACAAUUCCUCACCAGAAGCCACUCCAGCGACCCUAUUUCGCUGCUUACCUGGUAGCUCGGGAAGGUUUCAAAGCGCCGAACAAGGUCUGCGACGUCAUUGCUUCCUCUUUGGGUAACAGCGAAGAGAUCCGCAGCAUCGUCAGUCAAUGUGCCAAAAGCCUUCGGAGACCAGACACCAUCAACCCAACAAACGAUGCGACUGCUAGAGACACUUUGGGCAUGGCUAUCCGUCGUUGGGGCUCAACAUGGAGGACGCAAGUCUUUUUCAACCUUGUCUACGAGAUUGUGCUCGGAAGGGUGUCAAAAGAUGAACUUCUUCGCUCGUAUGAAAGCUUCCUUAGCCAUGUUAUUGAGCUAAAAAUCCUCGAUGUCGACACCUUCAGACCUCUUCUCAAAGGUACAGACCUUGCCAAAGCACUCGGUACUAAGCCUGGCCCUUGGAUGAAAGAUGCACUCGACGUCGUCAUGGCCUGGCAGCUACGCAACCCCGAUGUCACCGACCCCACCGCAGCCAUCGAGGCGGUAAAGGCUUCUAGGGCUGAACAAACUGAUAGUGAGCUUUCCCUUCGCCUGGCGUCACACUUUCUUCAGCUUACCAUCCCACCUCUCUUUCCGCAGAAUAAGCCUACGUCUAAUGCGCUGGAAGCCUCGCGGCAACCGGCUCCUUGGAAAGACGCUGGGAACCAGUAUGCCUUGGACUUGCUGAAGUGGACGAUUAGCGUGUUGGACCGAAAGACAAUAGAAGCAAAAUGGCAGUUGCUGAUGCCUCCAAUACUGAAGAUGAUCGAUGAUGUUGGAGUGGAGUGGAAAGCACGAGGCUGCCAUAUGCUCGGCCUAUUACUUGGGAAUCUACACCAGACGGGCGUGGCGGACGAUGUGAAGGAGUCGUCAAUAGCCAGGCAGGGUUCCGCAAACUUCUUGCAACGCACUGGAUAUCACAAUAUCUUUGCUGAGGCUCUACUACCCAUGUUCACAUACAUCCCUUCUAUCACACCGGAAGCAGAGUCUGUUACGCUCUUCAAAGAGGUGUUCCCCGCUGUGACUUCGCUCGCUCAACUUCUUCCGGCAGACACCAAUAAAGGCGACUCUCGGGAGCGUUUCCUGGAUAGGAACUUGCGUGAAGGAGUUCUUUCCCCUCUUGCGCAUUUCCCUACGCCGUCGUCGUACGCGGAGUUGGCCACAUUGAUCAUGUCAUACGUUCCUGUUUUACUAGGCCUUAUGGGCAUUGAUACAGUCAAACAUCUUCCCGACCUCGUACCUUUGCUCUCAGCUGUACUGCAGGAGCCGUUCGCACUUAGCCACAAGCCACUUCUGCUCGCAGCACUAAAAGCGUUGCAAAGCGUCUUGCUCAAUGCUUGGCCUAGGCUACAUGCCCACAGAGGAACAAUCAUGAUGGGAAUAUGUCUGCUCUGGAGCAGGUGCCUCGAAGAGCAGAAGAAGGCAGACAGUGAAGAAGUCAAACAUGUGCUAUACCAAGUGCAGGAAUCAGUGGCUAUGUUGGACGCGGCAAUGCAGGCUACUGAGUCAGACGGACUUGCUGAAGCCUGGGAGAAGGAAAAGCAGGAUGUGUUGCAGGCCUCGCCAGAAUUUGAGAAGCUAUUCGAGGAGUGUGCGACAAAGUGA